AUGACAUCGAAAGAGAACGACCAGAUGAGAAUCGAGGCUGUCGACAUCGACCAGAAGGACGGUGCCGAGAUGAGUGAGGCCGAGCAGAUCAAGGAACUAGCGGCAAAUGAGCUCGACCCCAAAGAGGAGAAACACCUCGUGUGGAAGCUUGACAGACACAUCGCGCCCGUCGCCAUGGGUCUUUACCUCAUUGCUUUCCUCGACCGUGCGAAUAUCGGUAAUGCAGCAGUAGGCGGUAUGACUGAGGACCUCAACUUUCCGGCCAACGGCUUAAGUGUUGCGACUAGUAUUUUCUACGUUACUUACGUCCUCUUCGAAACUCCCGCCACGAUGCUUCUCCGCAGCCUCAAGCCGAAACGCCUGAUCCCGGCCGUGGUGAUCAUCUGGGGCGGAAUCUCGCUUGCCAACGGAUUCUGCAAGACGUACGCACAGGUUCUUGCCUGUCGUCUCCUCCUGGGAGUCUGUGAAGCCGCCCUCUCCCCGUGUCUCGUGCUGUACAUGACGACCUUUUAUCGCCGCGAAGAACUCGCUCUCCGCCUCUGCUACCUCUACAUGUCUUCUGCGCUCUCCGGCGUGAUUGGUGGCCUGAUUGCCGCCGGCUUCCUCAAGAUGGACGGCCUGCAGGGUCUGCGCGGUUGGCAGUGGCUGUACAUAAUCGAGGGAGCGAUCACCAUCCUCGUUGGGAUAAUUGUCUUUUUCGCCAUCGCCAACACUUACCAGUCUGCUCGGUACCUGAACAAGCGGGAGAAGUGGAUGAUGAGCGUGCGGCAGGCGCAGGAGGCCGCGUUCAACCACGACGACGGGUUCAGCUGGGUCGAAAUCCGCAAGGCGUUCACCGACCCUGUGAUCUGGCUCUCUGGCUUUGUCCAGCUCGGCCUCGAUGUCUGCCUCUACGGCUACAGCACGUUCCUUGUCGUCAUCAUCAACCAGUUCGGCUUCGACCGUAUCUCUUCACAGGGCAUCACCGCGCCCGUCUACUUUUUCUGCGCACUCACCUACUUUAUCGGCGCGCUCGUCUCGAUGCGCUACCAGAUCCGCUACUUUGUCCUCCUGCCACUCGCCAUCAUCACCGCCAUCGGAUACGCUGUUCUCAUCGGCUACCCACCCUCCGUCGGCGGCCAGCUUGUGGGCUGCUUCCUCGCCGGUGCUGGCAUCUACAUCUGCGUGGGACUCCACGUGACAUGGCUGGGACAGAAUGUUGCUGGGUUCCGAAAACGCUCCGUCUCAGUGGGACUGCAGCAGACGGUCGGUAACACGGGCGGAGUGGUUGCAGGGCAGAUCUACCGCUCCGUCGACAAGCCGCGGUACACCAUUGGCCACGGAGUCAGUCUCGCGUUUUGGGUUCUCGCCAUUGCGGGGAUGACGGCCGAGUACUUUAUCUGGAAGAGCCGGAAUGCUGCGCGGGAGCAGAUGUCCGCAGAGGACAAGGACGAGAUGGACGUCAGGGGGAUCACGGGAGACCAACACUACUCGUUCCGCUAUGCGUUGUGA